AUGUCUCUCAAGAACUUCAGUCCGCAGCCCAAAAUCUACGCUAAACCGCCCUUUAGCGUUGAGGCCCCCGGAUACGAAGCUACCAAGGGCGAGACACUUCCACGCAGGCAUCCUAAGGCCAAGGACAAGCUCUUGGAGCGCCCCAUCGAAGAUAUCGCGACGCUCUUCGACGUCGUGAAGUACAGCGCGGAGAAGUACGGAAAUGCAAAGGCCCUGGGAUCCCGAAAGCUCAUCAAGACGCACCAGGAGACAAAGAAGGUCAAGAAGAUAGUAGAUGGCCAGGAGACGGAAGUCGAUAAGAAAUGGACAUUUUUUGAGCUCAGUGGUUACGAGUACUUGAGCUUUCACGACUACGAAAAGUUGACCCUGCAAAUCGGCGCAGGUUACAGAAAGCUGGGCCUUGCAAAGGAUGAUCGUGUACACAUCUUCGCUGCCACAAGCGCCCAUUGGCUGGCGACUGCGCACGGCGCUGUCUCUCAAUCCAUGCCCAUUGUUACGGCCUAUGACACGCUGGGAGAGGAGGGCUUGAGGCACUCCCUGGUGGCCACGAAGGCCAAGGCUAUAUUCCUCGACCCUCACUUGCUUACUGCGCUCAUCAAGCCCCUCAAUGAGGCAACUGAGAUUAAAUGUGUCAUUUGGAACAACCAGCAUGAGGUCAAGCAAGAGAACAUCGAUGCCUUGAAGAAGGCACAUGAUCGAUUAACGAUUAUGAGCUUUGAAGAGCUCCGGAAGCUUGGAGAGGAGAACCCAGUCGCACCUGUCCCACCCUCGCCUGAGGACCUCUGCUGUAUCAUGUACACGUCUGGCUCUACCGGCCCUCCAAAGGGUGUCCCUCUCAGGCAUAAGGCUGUGGUAGGCGCAAUCGCUGGUGUCAGCGUCAUUGUUAACCCUUACCUCGGUCCAGGCGAUGGUUUACUCGCCUACCUACCUCUCGCGCACAUCCUAGAAUUCGUCUUCGAAAGUGCAUGCUUAUACUGGGGUGGAACUAUGGGCUACGGAAAUCCAAAGACUUUGUCUGAUGCCUCGGUGAAGAACUGCAACGGAGAUAUUCGCGAAUUCAAGCCAACUGUCCUCGUUGGUGUUCCGGCUGUGUGGGAGUCCGUCAAGAAGGGCAUUGUCUCCAAAGUCAACUCUGGAAGCCCUAUUGUAAAGAAUAUGUUCUGGGGUGCACUUUGGGCCAAGCAAAGCCUUUUGCGUUACGGGCUUCCCGGAGUGGGCGUUCUCGACUCGCUGGUAUUCAAGAAGGUAAAGGAGGCGACUGGUGGACGACUGAGAAUUUGCCUCAACGGCGGUGGACCAAUUUCGAAGGACACUCAAAGAUUCAUUUCGAUGGCCAUUGCCCCGAUGAUCAGCGGAUAUGGGCUGACCGAGACCACGGCUAUGGGUGCGCUCAUGGAUCCUAUGGAGUGGACUGAUGAAACUCUCGGAGACAUUCCUGCAUCCAUUGAUAUCAAGCUGGUUGAUUUCGCCGACGCGGGUUACUUCGCCACUAACAAGCCCAACCCGCAAGGAGAAAUUUGGAUUAAAGGUUGCACAGUCAUGGAAGGGUACUACAAUGAUCCAGAGCAAACUAAAGAGGCUCUUACUCCUGAUGGGUGGUUCAAGACUGGUGACAUUGGAGAAUUCGAUAAGAAUGGCCACCUGAAGAUUAUUGAUCGCAAGAAGAACUUGGUCAAGACUCUCAAUGGCGAGUACAUAGCUUUGGAGAAGCUGGAGUCUGUCUACAGAGCUGCUACAAUUGUAGCCAAUAUUUGCGUGUAUGCUGACCAGCAACGCACCAAGCCCGUCGCGAUUAUUGUCCCGGCCGAGCCAGCUUUGAAGAGACUUGCGGAGAACAUUGGCGUCGAGGGUAACGGUGUCGAGGACUUGGUUCACAACAAGAAGAUCCAGGAUGCUGUGCUGAAGGAGCUGCAACAGGCUGGAAGAGCAGGUGGCUUGAGUGGUAUUGAGAUUAUCGAGGGCUCGGUCCUGGCUGAUGAAGAGUGGACACCUCAGAACAACAUGGUCACAUCCGCCCAGAAGCUGAACCGAAAGUUGAUCUUACAGACGUACCAGAAGGACGUUGACGCUGCUUAUGCCAGAAAUAAUUAG